AUGAUUUUGUAAUCAAAUUCAAAGCUAAAAUGCUAACAAAAUAAUCAUCUGGAUGAGAUAGACAUAGUUUGUUAUAACUAAUUAUGUACAGAGUUCAGACUAAAUUGUUUUAAAUAUUUAAAAUAUGGAAGAAUCCAUCAUGAUCAUUUUAAAGAUGUUGAAAAAAUUAUCACUUUAAUAACAUAUAUUGAAAAUAAAAAAUAAGAAUGUGAUAAUUUUAUUGAUGAUCUCAAUAAAUAUGUAGAAAGUGUAAAUCAAACAUUUUCUUUGUUAAAAAUGGGAAUCAGAUUUAAAUAUUCUUAUUAAUUAUUUUAAAUACACGAAUUUUGGGUAAAUAUGAGGAUGCAAUUGUUUGGAUAGACAAAGCAUUAGCUAUAGAUUCUAAAGAUUACUUAUAUGAGAAAGGUAGAUUGAAUAAUAAUGAAAUUAAUAGGUGUUUGCUUAAGAAAUUAAAAAAAAAUAUCAAGAUGCAAUCAUUUGUAUAGGCAAUGCAUUAUCUAUAAAUUCUAAACAUAUUAAUUCCUUACAUUAGAAAGGUAGAUUGAAUUCAUAAUUAUAUGAAUAGGUCAAUUUUUAAGAAAUUUAAAUAAAUAUCAGGAUGCAAUAACCUGGUUGGAUAAAGCCUUAGCUAUAGACCUAAAAUAUGUUAAUUCCUUAUAUGCAAAAGGUAGAUUGAAUCUAAAUUAUAUUAAUAGGUUUAUGUUUAAGAACUUAUUAUUAAGUAUUUUAUUAUAAGAUUGUUAAGUAAAUAUGAGAAUGUAAUACCUUGGUGGACAAAGCAUUAGCUAUUGAUCCUAAGCAUGUUAGUUCCUUACAUGAGAAAGGUAAAUUGAAAAUAAUAAUUUUAAUAGGUGAGUGUUUAAGAUUAUUAAAAAGAUAUAAAGAAUCCAUAUAAUUUCUACUGUCCAUCAAUCAGAAACAUACAUUUUCUCUGAUGUCCACAGGUAUCUUAUCAUCUAAUUUGUAGGAGAUUGUUUAACAGACUUAAAAAAAUAUAAAGAAGCUCUCAUUUGUUAUGAAAAAUCAUUAAAAAUUGAUCCAAACGAUUAAUAUGUAAAAAAAAAAAAAAGAAAGAACUGA